AUGAAUAAAAUUACGCUGGCUAAUCGAUAUCACGACCACAUGUACCAUUACAUGAACAGCCAGCUAGUGAAGAGGGAAGAAUUCACUCACUUUGAUGCCAAGCAGGUGGAUCUCAACUUUGUAGAUACAGACGCGUCUGUCCCGAGCGGGACUAGUCUGGGCGAGGAAAAAAUGAAUAGUACGAAAACACAAGAGGGUAAGGCCAACAAAAGAAGCGCAGACGCGAACAAAAGCAAUGACCAUAUUGCCAACGGCGGUUUGGGCAACAACGGAAGAAGUCGUAGUAAAAAUAAUGGAAUGAAAAAAUGCAACCAUAACGAUAAGGAUAACGCCGCGUACAACAAUGGCACUUCAAGUGGCUACGCCAAGAGCAGUUUUGAGGAACAGAAAAAAGGGAGCGCAUUAUCUGGGAAGAGGAAGAAGAAUGGUCAGGUCAACAGUUCCAGUUGUGGUGGCUUGGCAAGUAAAUCGGCGAACGGGACGGGGGCGGCAAUCCCCAGAAAAGGAAGCGAUAACAAUAACAGCGUCGUCAAGGGUGUAAGCAGCGGGAAUGGUAACACCGAUGCUGUGGCGAAUGUGACCACCGUGUCCGUGAUUUCCUGUCAUAACCGUAGGUCAUCGGAUGUGGGAAGCGGUAAAGUAGUCCCUAACUUUAGAGGUAGCAUGUAUAGCGAAGUGAACCUAGCCGAAGGGGUCAGUUACCAUCCAGUACGCUACGACAGCACCGAUAGACACGGGGACAACGGAGAGAAUAAAAACGCACAGGUGUUGAAUGAACGGGCCUUUGAAAAAAUCGGGACUAACUUACUAGGGAAGGAUAAUGCCAAUUUUGAAGAUCCCUUUACCAAUAAUUUUAGCACAGCUCAGCGUGGCUUUAGUGAUAAGAUGGACCUAAGCAACAUAAGCCACCUUGUGAACUACACAAACAGCAGCUUCGAAAAUUCGGAGCAAGCUCUCAUACCGUUUGAUAAGUGUGCCAAUCGGGACACGGAUAGAAAUGGCGAAGAGGAGGAGGAAGAAGAACAAGAAGAGAACGAAGAGGACGAAGAGGAGGAAGAAGAAGAAGAGAAAGAAGAGGACGAAGAAGACGAAGAAGACGAAUCGGAGGAAGAAGAUAUAAAAAAAGGAGAACUUCCUAACAUGCCAAGUAGCAGUUUUUCCACAUAUUACAGGAGUGACACUGUCGAUGGGGGGACCACGUCGAGUGAUGUGAAGGAAAUGUCUCCCAUCUACACCGCCGUCUAUGACUGUGGAAAUCCCUGUGGAGGAGAAAAUCGUAGCAGAAAGCAACAGAAGAGGGGAAAUGGGAAGAGGGACCAGCCAUCUAGCGAUAAUAAGGGGAAAACCUCAAUCGACUGCAGCGACAGGAGCAGCGGAGAGCGUGGGGGGAGUAACAACGGGGAUAUGGCCAUGUCCAACAUAAGCGGAAGCGUAAACCAGAACGACAACAUCGGCAUUGGGAAGCAAGGCAAUGCGAGUAGUAAUAAAGUCCAUCGAAACGGCAGUGUAGGAAGCAAAAACAACAAAGCAAACAGGGGAAACAGGAACAAGCACCAGAAAAGGAAGAAUAGCAAAAGAAAGAACAGCGCCAGUAAGGCAGAGACGAAAGCCAAAGGGGCGCACGCUGAGGUUGGGAAUGCCUCUAAGGAGGAUAACGAUGGUAGUGACGCUAACGAAACUAAUGACACUAACAACCCUAACGAGGAAAACGAGGCAGACAACGUUAACGACCCAUGCACCCAAAAAACCGCCAAAACCACCAACGGUGCAAACAAAAAGGCUCAGGAGAACGGAUUGAAGGUAAACCAAAACAGCUUCCCCGCGCAGAGCCACACAAAAAACGCCGCAGAACCCCCCAAUGGAGCAGAUGACCUAGUAGACUUGGCGACGCUGCAAAAUUGUUCCAAUAGUAGGGGGAGCCCUGUGGAUAGUACCAACGCGAGCACGAUGAAGAGCGCAGGAGCAGAUGUAGAUCUGCUUUUUUUUCGCGAAAACGAUUAUCCCUUAGAGGAACAUUAUAUGCUGUUGGAAGAAGAAAAUGAUUAUGGAGUUCAAAAGUUGAAAGAAAUGGCUGGAAAAAAGGAUACCGCCGGAGAAAAGGACAUUACCCGGGAAAAGGACAUCGCCGGGUUGAAUAAUACUUUCAACAUAUUAAGGAAUAACCUGUAUCAUAUCUUUAGCGAUUCGUGCGAUGAGCCGUGCAGUGACGAGUGCCUCGUGGAGAGUUUAGACGGCACCGCGGAUAGAAGUAGGGACAGGGGUAGAGAAAGCGUUAAUUUCGUGGAUAAGGCUAAAGGUGACACGCUUAGGAGCCACAUGCAUAGGAUCGAUAUAGAGAGGGGUCCUAUGCAGAGCGCAGUGGAGAAAAAGGGACUGGCGCAAAGCGCCUUUAUCGAACGCAGCAUGAUGGAACGCGGCUUGACGCAUAACGGGUUGACGCAGCAUGGGAUGAUUAAUCAGUUGGGCGCCGCACAUCCCCCUUUGUACCACGAGGAUGCGGAGAAGGAAGACAAGUUAGGAAUUAAUGACCUUCGCGGUGACAGAAGCGCAUUCAGGGGUCAGCGCCCUUUAAGCGACGCGCCGUAUAGUGGUUUACUACAGGCUCCAGGCAUGAACGGCCUGAUUGGCACUGCUCCCUACGUGUCCACCGUGAGGGGAAUCGUACCCCACAACAGAUACGGCCUGAGCGGCGUUGCCGGUGUCAGCAGUAUUGGCUUGGUUGGCAGCGCUGGCAUGAUUGGCAGCGUCGGCAUGGUUGGAAGCGUCGGCGCCAGUGUGGUGAACAAGUCAACUGGGCACGGCGCGAAUGGAGCGCAACAAUCCCCCUUCGUGCGCAACAGCCAGAAGAGAACCAAUUUCAGUGCAGCACCCGGGAAGAAAUGUGCAAUGGAAAUGCACCUGAACAGUCGUAGUGCAAAUGCCCUUAACGGAAAAGAAAGAGGAAAUUCCCAUAAGGCCAAAAAAACAGGAAAUGAACAUAUGACUGUUGAAAGACCCGUAAUAUUAAAUAACUCCCAAAUGUUAGAGGCAUUCAUGGAAGGAAGACUUUGCCUAAGUUGCGACUCUCUUGACCACCCCAUGCCACUGUGUCCGAACAAUUCCUUUGUGUGUCCUAACUGCCAUAAUAUCUCCCAUAGAGGAAACGAUUGUCCAAUGAAGUGCCGUUUCUGCCUCAAAUAUCAUGUGGGUGUAUCCAUCAUGGACUGUUUAAAGAAGGCAAAAGUACAGAGUGAAAAGAAUUUGACAAAUGAAGAAAAGAACGAAACAAACAAAGUGGGAAAAAAUGUCAAGAGUAGUGACGAUAAUAAGGUUAGUGUAGGACCAAGAUUUGAUAUAACUACAAGGCCUGAUAAUUCCUAUGGAAGGAGUGUAUAUGUCUCCAAUUUGAGCGAAGACAUAACCAACGUACAGUUAAGAGACGCCAUUAACAAUAACUUAGAGAAUGGCUACGUAGUAAAUAUCGACAGACAGGAUGGCUACGCAUUUGUGGAGUUGUCUAAUUUGAAUUCUACUUUCCAGCUGGUGCAGAAAUCCAUUAACAUAAAUUUUAGGAAAUUAAAAAUUCAGUUUAAAAAAACAGGGCAAUUUUUGAUACCUGAUAAUUUGUCUUUAGGCGUCAAUAAUGUGGUUAGCUUUGGUUUGCACCGAGGUGGGGUAAGGGGAGCUACACUUGUGCAGAACAGGGUGAGCAAGAACGCGACGACUUCUUUCUCUGGGAAGAACCUAUCGAAUGGUUCGAAUAGCAAUGCCUUAAGCAGCGGAAGUGGUGCCAUCGGUGGGAACGCUGUCGAGGUUUGUAGCAAGUUGAGGGUGAGCCCAAGUAAGGAAGGAAGCAAUAACAGCGCAAACGGAACUGGCGUACCGGAGGGUGCCGACGGCAGGGGAAAAUACGCGUGCAAGUCGACGAACGCGAAGCACCCCAAAGGUCAACAGGAGAAGAAGCAACAGGGGCAGCAGUCUCAGCAGGGGCAACUGCAACCUGUGCAACAAACGCAGCCACCGCAAACAAUGCAGCCAAUGCAACUACCACAGCCCGCACAAUCCGCGCAGCAAAGGAAAAACAGGCAGAAGGAUAACCUCAAUCAGGAAAGAGCCGCGCACACUGACGGCGCCUCCUCCGUGGACAAGAACUCGAGCGCAGAAGGCGCCAUCCUGAGCCCAAAGAAAAACAAACUGGUAGCUGAGAAGAACCAGGAGAAGGGAAGAGGCGGAGGGCCUUCCGAUGGAACUGUUCCCACAAUGAACAAUGGAGAUCGAUGUUACGGUGCCGUCGGCAGGGGGACCAUGUCUCAUGGGUGCAAAAAUCCACACAGUGUGCAGAUUCCGAGCGUAGAGAUGCUGAAUUUUCCCAACGGCUACCUCUUAGCACGGAACCUGGAUGGUGCCAAAAUCGGAGCAGUGGCAGGACUCACUCGAGAAUACUACAAUUUUAUGUGCACCAAUGGCCUUGCGUUGAAAAGUGACCACGUGAAGAAGGCCAUGGAUGUGAAUAAUGUGCCGCACCUUCCUGGCCUGUAUAGUAGUGGUGCUCAUAACGGUGCAAAUGAUCUAUUCACUAGUGAGGUGGCUAAAGCUGGCUUGCUUUACGAAGGAAUUAAAAUGCCCCUGAAGAUGGCAAACGAUAUGAAUGAAAAGAACGUGCUACUUAAAAGCAUGACGACAGAGACGAGCAAAACAACAGCUACCACCACAACCGCGUCGGAAAAUAUGUUGAAAACGGAACUCUUCAAUGGGGUCCCCCCCAUGAGGAGAAGUUUGCACAAAUUUGAUGAUAUCAUGAAGGAGACCCAUCUGUCUACGGUCAUGGAAGUCAGAGGGGCGACCAGCAUGAACGGAAAAUUGACAAGAUCUUUGGAUGAUUCCCUGGGAGAUAGAAUGUUCGCGGGUGGAAGCAUGUCCCUCAGCUUUGUGGGCGACAGGGAUAGGGGAAACGGCCAGUUUAGUGGCGAAUAUGACGGUGCUUACCUCGGCCCUUACAACGACCGCUUCACUGCAGAUGGACGUAAUGACCGCCGUUAUCGCACCAGCAGUGGCAACAACAAUAAUAACUACCACAGCAACCAUAACAGCAACGUGUCGGAGGGCCCACCCAACAUAGACCUAAAAUCAAUCGUGGAUAACGCCAUCGAAGUGAACCACGACACGUUGAAUUAUGACCAUCUCAGUUUUGCCAACACGGCGGGGAUGGGUCUUCUCCACGAUGAUGUUCCUGCCUCGGCUGUUCCUGCUCCUGGUGCGUAUCCCCUUGGCGGGUGCAACGUUGCCGGUCCGUACCUCUCCAACGAAAAUUACACGGGUGGAAAUAAAAUGUGCAGUAAUAAACAAGGCAUAGCUGGGCCAUACAUAGAUUUUGAGGCAAGCGUAAACGGAAACAACACCUGGAAGGACAGAAACGGUAGCAGUAGUGGCAAUAGUGGCAGUCGGCAUCCGCCUGAUUUGAAACAUUCGUACAAUAACAUUUGCAACGAUAUGCUUUUUGGGAACCACGACAUCUAUGAUGUAUUUCCUCGGUUCAAUGCGAUAAAUUUGGAUGACGAGAGCGGAGGCAGAGGAGGAAGCGGCAGAGGUUGCGGCGCUAUUAGCGACGGGGUUGGCCACCCCUUUGCCAUCGGAAGUAAUCAGCACAAGGACAGCUGCAAUGUCAAUCUCGAUCGCAAUCCCAACUGUGGUCAGAACGCCGUGCACCAGGUGCUACCAUCGCCAAAUGAGGAAACGGAUGAGGACAACAAAAUUAUCUUCGACCAAGAUAGCAAAAGUACGUUCGAAGCGGACAGCAAAAUCAAGUUCGUAAAUCUCAGCCCUGACAUGUUUCAACAAUUGAGCCACCUUUCCGCCAAGGAAGACGUACACCGUAGAGAGGACACCUAUGUGAGCGGUGUGAAAUACAAAGAGCUGGAUGCCAUUGAGAAAGAUUUGGAGAAGCACAUCAAGGCUUUGUGGAACCUCCGCAAGAUAAAGUUGGGGAAAUCGAACGACAUUCCGCACGAUAUUCCGCACAACGAAUUUGUGUAG